AUGGUGCUCUCGCUAUCCGUGUCUAGUUUCUCCCGAUCCCGAUCAGCAACUACCCCCCCGCAUCGUCAGAGAAAUGGCAGCAACAGCUCCACCAGCUACUCUGCAACCCUGAGCGAAGCUCUACGUAAUAACCCGUUCGCCGGCGGCGGGGGCUCGCAAUCACAACCUCAAUCCCAAUCUCAAUCUCGCUCGCGAACACCCCUUCCCACACUCCUCGAAGAACAGAAACAAGAGCAGGAGGAACUCAACAACUCCCUGGAAACCCUCGUUCGAAUAUUUCCCGAUGUCAAAAUUGAAGUCUUCCGCGAACUGCUGGUCCGGUUUGACGGGAAGAGUCGACUGCAUGUCUGCGUUGAUCAGCUUAUGCGGCACAAGGAUAGAUGGGUAGCGGGGCGAUGGAACGUUCCGUCUACUGGGGCCACAGGUGGUGAUGGUUCCGUGGUGCCGGGCGUCGUUCUUGAUGAAGCUGAGGCUAUGGUCCCCCGCGACGAGCGGUUCCGGUCGGAGGAGUAUAAGGCUGCUGUGAAGGGUAUCCUGGCGAAGGAGUUCACCGGGUUGAGUCGAAGUACUGUGGAUGCCGUUCUUGCGGAGGUCAAUUUCUGUUAUCUCCGUGCGAGGCCAGUAUUGCAGGAUCUGUCGAGGAAGACGUGGCGGGCUACGUUUAACAGUAUUCUUCCGUCGUUUAGACGCAAGAAGGAUAAGGAGGAUAGUCAUCCGUUGAUGCUGUGGCAGCGUCUGUCGGAUGGGGAAUCUGUGCCUCGGUUGAAGGAGACAGGGUGUAAGGAAUUGGACAAUGAGCUGCAUGAGACACUGCUGGCGCCGAUACUGCGAGCACGACAGGAGGAGCGGGAACGGGUCGACUUAGAACUGGCUGAGGAGCUGAAUGAGAAGGAGGCUGAGGCGGCUAGUGCGUUGUAUGAGUGUCAGUGCUGCUUUACAGACGUCACUUUUGAGCAGAUAUCGGCUUGCUCUGAUAGCGUGCAUUUCAUUUGCUUCAAUUGCAUCCGGCAUACUGUUAACCAAGCGCUCUUCGGACAGGGCUGGGCCACAUCUGUUGAUGUUGAUAAAUCGACAUUAAAGUGCCUGGCGCCGUCUACGAAUGAGCCUUGUACAGGGAUUCUCAGCGCCGAGCUCGUCAAACGUGCUAUCCUUCUCGAGAAAGCGGGUGCUGAGACUUACGCCAAAUUUGAAUCUCGACUGGCCUCCGACGCGCUUCUCCGCUCUCAGUUUAAGCUGAUACGGUGCCCAUUUUGUUCCUACGCAGAAGUUGACCCUGUCUACCAUCCUCCCCCAGCCGGUUUCAACUGGCGGUUCCGCCAGAACGGGCUUAUUCCUACCAUUGUCAUGACGAUUCUCUUUUUGGACACGAUAGUUUUUCUACUUCUGAUUGCCGCGGCUCUCUAUUUACUAAACCCUGCCGCUAUUCCUACCAUCUUUAAUAACGCCUUACUCAACCUUCGCCUUAAACUCCGCAUGAAGAAAUUCACCUGCGCCAAUGUGAACUGCCGGCGGACCAGCUGCAUUACAUGCCAGAAACCAUGGCGCGAUCCGCACGUCUGCCAUGAACCCUUGCUCCUCGAUCUCCGGGCCACCGUUGAGGCAGCCCGCACCGCCGCAGUGAAACGAACAUGUCCACGCUGUGGCCUCUCCUUUGUCAAAUCCUCUGGUUGUAACAAACUCACCUGCACCUGCGGAUACUCGAUGUGUUACCUCUGUCGCAAGGCCCUAGGGCCGCCAUUGAAGACCCCUCGCAACCGACGGCGACUCCCGCACCAGGAAAACCUCAACCCAUUCGGCAACGGACCCGCACUAGAAGAAGACGACGAAGAGGAAGAGGAGCAUGAAGGAUAUAGGCAUUUUUGCGAGCACUUCCGCGUCAACCCCGGCGCGCCCUGCACAGCAUGCAACAAAUGCGAGCUUUACCAAGAUGAAGACGAAGAAGCCGUUGCGCGGCGUGCAGGUGAGAAAGCCGAGUACGAGUGGCGCAUUAGACACCAGAUGGCCGGUGGUACCGAUGGGGGUGCGGGUGCAGGUGCACGUAUCCCUGCUCUCAAUGUCAACCACGACCUUUCCAUGCGAACGGCAAGGGCCGAUAGGAGAUAUUCAAACAUGAUCAUGGGUCCCCGCGGCAAGAGUCUCUGGUAUUGGGUUGAUGAGAUGUGGCGAUCUGGUCGUUGGAAGGCCGAGGGGCAGGCGCUUAUAGAUUGGGUUGUAGAGAGGGUCAUUGUUAUCCAGGAGUUCUGA